AAUUAAACAGCAGCAACUGCAGUGAAUGCACCGAAAUUUAUAAAGAAGUUCCAAAGAGUUGAUUUUGCUGAUUCGACAAUUUUUUUUUCUUGGGAAAAAUAAAAUUAUCAAUUCAAGAACGAUCGGACCUCGAACAAACAUUUUCUUGUCUGACAUCAUUUAAAAAAAACGGUGCAUUCCCAAUUUGAUUGCUAAUGUUUCAUGAUUCUUCAAGUGUGUGUGUGUGUGUGUGUUAACUUUGACGAAAAUCAUAUAGAUCAAAUAAAAUAAUAUUUGUUUUUUUUUAUUCAAUCAAAUCAAACACUAUCGAUUGAUGAUUAUGGCAAAAACAACAACACCACCAACAGCAACAACGACAUCAACAACAAAAUUGAAUACUAACGAAAAUAAAAUGAUGAAAAAAUCGAAGAAAAAUAUUGUUAUCAUUUCAUUGAAUGCUGUUGGACAUGUAAAUGGUUGUCGUGGUGCAUGUAUUGAAAGUUUAAUUGGCCGUGGUCAUAAUGUUUAUUUUUUAUUGGAAAAAGCAUUCGAAGGUCAAUUAAGACCAUUUGGUUUUAAAGAAAUUAUUUAUGAUAUUUCUAAUGAUCAAAAUGAACCAGCAAAAAAACCUGGUGAACAAUUAGCCAAUGAAUUAUUAUCAUAUAGAAUGUUGGGAAAAAUGACUAUCGAAGAAAAACUUCAACAAAUGAUAAAUUAUUUUGCUAAAUCACAUACAUUUCUUUGCUAUUAUCAACAGGUAGAUAUUUGUUUAAAACGAUUAAUGAAUGAAAUGAAAAUCGAUUUAUUUAUAAUCGAUGAUUGUCAUAUACAUCCUGCCAUCUAUUAUUCAAAAAUACCUGUAAUUAAAUGUAUUACAUCGGCACCAUUUAUCUUUUUUGCACAAGAUCCGGCAAUACCACCACCAUUUACCGGAAUAGCAUCUAAUGCUGAUCCGGAAACAUUGCAUAAAUAUCGUGAAAUAGUGUUAGGUGUAUUGAAAAAGAAUGCAUUCGCUGAUCAUAUUGUAAAACUUGGUUAUGAAAAAUAUCCAGAUGAUCCAUGUGAAAUUGAAAAACGAUAUGCUUUUUAUGUUUAUGCUUAUCCAAAAGAAUUAAAUCAUUGGAAAAUUGAAUCAACAUAUCCAAGAUGGUUUAAUUUGGAUGUAUUUAAUCGAAAUGUACAAAAUGAAACAAUUGAUUUGGAAAAAUUAGUUGGCAAGGAUUUUUUUCAUGAUGAUCUUGAUGGAAAAUUCAGUGGAAAAUGGAUUUAUGUUUCGAUGGGAUCAAUGGGAUCAGUUGAUUUAGAAUUAAUGCAACGUUUAACUUCGAUUCUAGCCAAAUCCGAUCAUAAAUACAUUGUUUCAAAAGGACCAAGACAUGAUGAAUAUGAAUUAACAGGAAAAAAUAUGUGGGGCGCAAGAUUCAUUCCACAAGUUAAAAUUUUACCAUUAGUCGAUUUGGUCAUUACACAUGGCGGAAAUAAUACAGUAACUGAAACAUUUGCCCAAGGAAAACCAAUGAUUGUUAUGCCAUUAUUUUGUGAUCAAUCAGAUAAUGGUCAACGAUUAUUGGAAACAGGUUUUGGUGCAUGUUUUGAACCAUAUGAUUUUGAAGAACAACAGCUUUUAUCAACCAUUGAUCGUUUAUUGACAGAUGAAAAAUUAUCUGAUAGAUUACGUCGUGCAUCAGAAAGAAUUAAAAAAUCUAAUGCACAUCAAUUAUUUGGUGAAAAAGUUGAACAAUUUUUGAAUGAUUAUUGAAAUAAAUUAUUUGUUUUAUUGAUAAA